AUGUGGGUGCACUGCCAUGGACAACUCCUCACCUCCGACAGACUACUUAAAUGGGGCAUCAGUGUGGAUCCAAUAUGCUCUCUCUGCCAACAAUGUCCUAAAACCAAAGAGCAUUUGUUUAUAGAGUGUUCCUUCACCAGCCAAAUUUGGGCCAGAAUCUUAGCAUGGAUACAAAGGGACAGCUACAGCUACACUUGUUGGGAGCAGUACCUGGACUGGGCUGUCUCAUGCGCAAAGGGGAAAUCACAAAGAGCUGUGGUGUUCAAGAUAGUCUUUGCAGAAACUGUAUACGCGAUAUGGGUGGAAAGAAAUUUGAGGGUCUUCGAGAAGAGAUUUCGGGAUGGUGAUAGUAUUGCUAGAGAGGUGGCUUAUGUUUCAAAUGUUAGAGCACCUGUUGGAGUAAAGCAAAUGCUCCAGAGUUGUGUCUUUUGA